AUGUGUUGUCUUUCCGAUCCAGUCCCUAAGGAGAUCCAGGACGCCUACAUCCUCGGUUCAGACGCCAACUCGAUUCAGCUAAACUGGCGUCCUCCGAUCAUCAAAAAUGGAGAGAUCAAGUUCUACUACAUUGACUACACCAAGACUGGAGUGAACAUUUCCUCCAAUGACUGGAAUCGCAUCAUUCUGCCAUCAGACCGUUUUUCGAUAGGCAUUGAAAACCUGGACACUUGCACCACAUACAACAUCUCCAUUCGAGCUGUGAACAGCGCCGACUCGAACGGUCGUGGCGGAGGAGUCGGAAGUCCCAGUUACUUGCAAGGCAACACCUCAGCUCAAGGUAGGCACCUGCCUCGGUCUGGGCGCCAAAGGGUCGGCUUGGCCAAUCCGAAUGUUAAGGUUUGA